GCUUUGGUGGCUGGCCGGAUAAUUUGACCUUUAAUUUUUCCGUUGAAUAUUUCCGAAGGAAAAUCAUUGUGGAAGUUCAAAAAAUCUGGUGGUUGCGGCCCGGAAUAAUAACUACAUUUUGUUUUAAACAUACAAAAAAUUCUGUGUGUGUGUGGAUUGUAAAAAUACCAACUUGUACCUUAAAAUAUGGACACAAAUUAUGGUGUUACCUAUGCCGUGGAAUUGGCACCACUAAAGCCAACGGAUAACACAAAUGAUAACUCCAACAACAACCAGCAGCAGGGAGAAGAUGAGACCACUGCAGCCAAUUCCCCACCCACAACACCCAAGACAAAUACAACAACGACCAGAUAUCUAACAACUGCCAAUUCAACAGUGAUCAAACCCUUACCCGCUUCGGACAAUGAAGAAAGUCCUCGCACACCAUCACCCAGUAAUUCUCAAAAUCCUCGACCCUCCACCUCUCGACAAUUGUUUAGGGAAGCAGCCAGUGCCCAUGGAGGUCAAGAGACCAACUCAUUGCUACAACACGAAAUCGCUCAGCAACAGAAAUUCAAAAGUGCAGCCUCUACGCUGGACAAGAGCAUAUCCCGCAAUCCAUCCACAGUGGCAAAACACGAAAAGAAAAUUGGCCAUCGUCGUGUUGAUGAGGAGGGUGAAGUUACUUACAAGAAGAUCCAAAGUAAACAGAUUAUGGGUUCCAUUCAGCUGGGCAUACAACAUACCGUUGGUAGUUUGGCCUCCAAGCCUAAACGUGAUUUGCUUAUGAAUGAUUUCUUUGAAAUGGAAACGAUUUCCUUCCCACCCGAUGGCUCGUCCAUAACACCGGCCCAUCACUACAGUGAAUUCCGUUUCAAGGUAUUUGCUCCCAUUGCCUUUCGUUACUUCAGGGAUUUGUUUGGCAUUGCUCCCGAUGAUUUCCUAAUGUCCAUGUGUGCAGCCCCACUGCGUCAACUCUCGAAUCCCGGUGCCUCUGGCUCCAUAUUUUACCUAACCGACGAUGAUGAAUUCAUUAUCAAGACUGUACAGAAAAAGGAAUGUGAAUUUUUACAGAAACUUUUGCCCGGCUACUAUAUGAACCUUUCUCAAAAUCCUCGAACCCUGCUGCCGAAAUUCUUUGGCCUCUAUUGUUUCCACUACAACACAAAAAAUGUUCGCCUCGUGGCCAUGAACAAUCUUCUGCCCUCCGAUAUUAAAAUGCAUGCCAAGUAUGACUUGAAAGGCUCUACAUUCCGUCGUAAAGCUUCAAAGGCAGAACGGCAAAAAGAAAGUCCCACCUAUAAGGAUUUAGAUUUCAUGGAACAUCAUCCGAAUGGUAUAUUUCUCGAAACAGAUAAAUAUAAUGCAUUGAUGAAGACCAUACAAAGGGAUUGUAUGGUUCUGGAAAGUUUCCAAAUUAUGGAUUAUUCCUUAUUGGUGGGUAUUCACAAUUUGGAUCUAGCAGCAAAGGAGAAACGCGAAGAGCGCAUACGAAAUGCUAGGGCUAAAUUGCAGAAAACCGAUGAAAUUCGUGAGGCCGAUGAUGCGGAAAAUGAGGGUGCAGCUGCAGCGGCUGGUACCGCUUUGAAUCGUUCACGCAGCAUGAAUCGUCAACGCUUGGUGGCCCUAUCGACAGCCAUGGAAUCGAUAACAGCCGAUGAUACACCCUUUGAGGAGGAUGAGGAUGUGCCGGCCGGCGGUAUACCUGCCCGCUCGGAAGACGAUGAACGUCUCAUAUUAUACAUUGGUAUAAUUGAUAUUCUGCAAUCGUAUCGCUUGGAAAAGAAACUCGAACACACCUUCAAGGCCAUUAUCUAUAACGGUGACACUGUAUCUGUGUGUCGUCCAUCAUUUUAUGCCCAACGUUUCCAAAACUUCAUGGGUAAAACUGUAUUUAAGAAAACGCCUACAUUUCCACUGAGACAAUCGAAGAGGAAAACUUCUACGGCUGCAGUGCGUACACCACAAAGAACACCUUCACAAAGUGCAGCCAGUGGGGUAACGGCCGCAGCCAUGAGACACCCUCAUUUUAUGUCGGGCUCCUCAACACCACCACCAGCAUUUGAUGAAAUAUCCGAAGAAGAUAUAAUUGCUGCAUCGGGUUCAAGAGGCGGAGGCAUUGGAUCGUCAGGGCAUUUGAGGCAUAUACCUCCACCUCAAUCCUAUAUGUCAUCGCAACGCAGUACUGUGGGUAGUACUACCGACGACUACAGUGAUGAUGAUGUAGCCUCGACAGCGGGUAGCAACAGAUCAUCGCUGCCACGACGCCGGCCGCAAUAUUUAACAAAGACUAGCGUCGAAAUAACAUCAAUUGGUUGUGUAGAUAAUCACCAACAACCCGAUCAUAAGCAAUCUGAUGAGGGUAUUGAGCAAGAUGUUGAGGGCAAAAAGGUGGUUAGUGCUGUCAUACAAACUACGCAGGAAAAGAAAUACACAUCCACCCUUAUUGUUAAUGAAGUUGUAAGAUGAUGUGCUGCCGCGCCGGGUAGAUUGUAAGACAAAAUGGAAUUUAAGUGUAAAUUGUAGCGAUUUGCUUAGUACCACCACCGUCCGCCGCCAUAGCAAUUAAUACAAAAUUUGCUCAACAUCUCUACAACUACUUCUGUGGCCAAUUGAAGUUUGAGCCGGUGGUGUCUCGGCAAAGGGGUUUCAAGUAAAAAUCAAAGAAGUGCUCUUCAAUAUGUAGAACCAGAAUUCUAUGGCAACAACCACAGCAUAGCUUUAGUACUGCGUAAUAAUUCACAACUACUACUUCCACCACUGCAACCAUGUUAUCCAGCAAACUAUUACAAAACAACUAUAAUUAUUAGAAACUAACUUUACAAGGACGUAAAAUUUUUAUGUUUAUAUCAAUAUUAUUCCUCUCGUCCUCUUCUUCCUUCUAUUUUUUAUUAUUAUCAUAUCUAUAUAUAUUCUUUGUAUUAUUUAUUCUAUGUUUAUUUUUCUGUAUGUACUCUACGUAUCCCCCCGAUGAUGAAUAAUGAGCCAAGCGGAAGAAGAAAGGAAGGAUGAUGUAGUAGCAUACAUUUGUUUUUCUGUAUUAUGUACUAGUUUUCAUUCACUUUCAAUUUAAAGCAAAACAAAAUAUUAUGAUUUGUUAAAUAUUAAACCUUUUUAUAUAAACAUCUGUCUGUCUAUUAAAAAAAAUGCAAACCGCUCUGCAGUAUUUUUUGCUUAAUUUAAA